AUGUCGCGUCAAGAGGAUGAUCUGGCUUACGGCCGCUAUUACGAGUCCUCGCGUGGCUCUACGGGUGACAGCGCCCGUGGACUCAUGGGCGAUACCUUCAAGAAGCUGAAGGACACCUACAAGACACACCAGGGCUCGUCGCAGCACUCCGGCCAAGGUUACAGCCAGUCCGGCUACCAGGGACAAAAUCCGCAAGACCACAGCCAGCCCCCGUAUGGCUAUAGCCACGGUCACGAUGCCAACACCCCGCAGUACCAGCAGACCCAGUACCAGGGUCAGCACCAGGGACGACCCCCGAAGGAAGAUAAGAUUGGCGGGUUCCUAGGAAAGAUCCAAGGCGCAGUGACGGAUUUGGGUUCCGAGAUGGCCCAGAAGCUGGGAACCACCAUCGAUCCCCAAGCGUAUGCCCAGUACGGCGCCAGUAACCCGACCACCGAGCAUCGGUUCGGAAGCUUUGCACCGCCGCGCGAGAAGAACGAUGUGAAGUGGUAUGUCGAUGGAUGUAGCUAUUUCUGGGCGGUCUCCAGGGCCCUCGAGACGGCGCGGGAAUCGAUUUGGAUUCUUGAUUGGUGGCUCUCGCCCGAGCUUUACUUGCGACGACCCCCGGCCAAGAAUGAGCAGUACCGGUUGGACCGCAUGCUGCAGGCAGCGGCCCAGCGCGGCGUACGCGUCAACAUUAUUGUCUACAAGGAAGUCACCCAGGCCUUGACCCUCUCGUCCUCCCACACGAAACAUGCCUUGGAAGACUUACAUCCAAAUAUCGCGGUCUUUCGCCACCCCGAUCAUCUGCCGGAUCGCCAGGAGUUGGCACAGUCAAUCACUAGCUCUUUCCAGAACAUGUCGCUGGACUCGGCAAGUCUCAGUAAGAUGUCCAAGGAUGCGUUGAAGGGCCUGUAUGGUAUGAAUGACGACGUCAUUCUGUAUUGGGCCCAUCACGAGAAGCUGUGCCUGAUCGAUGGCCAAACUGCGUUCAUGGGUGGCCUCGACCUGUGCUUCGGACGGUGGGAUACCCACCAGCAUGCCAUUUCCGACCUGCAUCCCUCAGAUCUUAACGAAACGGUGUUCCCUGGUCAAGACUACAAUAACUCGCGUGUGCUUGAUUUCCAUGAUGUCGUUCACUGGGAGAACAACCAGCUCGAACGCAAGGCCAUGUCCAGAAUGGGCUGGUCCGAUAUCUCCCUGAGUCUACACGGUGCCGUCGUUGAGGAUCUGCGUCGUCACUUUGUAGAAAGAUGGAACUUCAUCUAUGACUCGAAGUAUAAGGUCCGUCAGCAGUCGCGCUAUGCAAGACUCGCUCUGUACGGCCGGCCUACCUCCACUGGUCAACAGUAUGGCGGUGUCACACCCCAACAGCAGCAGCAGCAGCAGCAGAGCCCCUAUCCUUCUGGAACUGCAAGCCCUCAUGUUCAGCGGCCAUCUUGGCAAGCUGGAAGUGCUUCGGCCUACCCGCCUCCUCCGGGACAGACGACCUCUAGCUCGCAGUCCCAGCAGCAGCAGAAUCCCCCGUCAUCUUCCUACCCACCACCCCAGGGUCAACAGCAGCACAACACUUUCUCUUACCAGUCUGGAAGUACUCUGACUUACCCGCCCCCGCCUGGUCAGUCAACGAGCCCUCGGCCGCAGCAGCAGCAGUACAACGCCACCCCGUCUUGGCAGUCUGGAUCUGGAAGCACUUCAAGCUAUCCACCUCCGCCUAGCCAGACAUCUGCUAGCCCUCAGCCGUAUCAGCAGCAGCAGCAGCAGCAGUCGACGGCAUCGUCCUAUCAGCCGUACCAGGCUGGCGGAGCUUCGCCCUCAUCGCAUUUGACAGAGCUACCAGCCAAUACCUCGCCAUCCAAGCCAAGUUAUUCCAGUCACUCCCCUAACCCGGGAUCGACGCAGUACACUUACACUGGAGACUCGUUCCCGCCACCUCCCCCAGGUCCCCCGCCCAGUCAGUCGCCUGCCAGUCAUUCAUACCAGCCGCAGCAGUCGCAGAACCAGGCGCCAUACUAUCCUCCACCUCCAAACCAGCAAUCUGAUAGCUCUGCCCAUCACCAAGAUCAACAAGGGGCGCCAUAUUAUGCGCCUCCGCUGGGACAAGAGACUUCUCAUUCCAGCACUCGCGGAAUUGGUGAUUAUUACCAUGAUGGAGACCAAGAGCGUGGAUUUGCCCCGCGUCGACUUCGUGAAGAUGUUACCAAGUAUGGAAAUGCAUUGAAGGGUCAGUUGGCUGGUCAAAUCCACACCUACCAGGACCGUCUGAGCACUUAUGGGCGUCCGACCUCGAGCCGUGGCAACAUGUCUUGCCAGAUUGUGCGAAGCUGCUCCAAGUGGAGCAAUGGCAGCCCCCUGGAACAUUCCAUUCAAGAUGCAUAUGCUGCUAUUAUCAGAAAUAGCGAGCACUUUGUCUACAUCGAAAACCAAUUCUUCAUCACGGCUACUGGUGACCAUCAGCACCCUGUGAAGAACAAGAUUGGUGCUGCCAUCGUGGAGCGUAUUUUGCGUGCUGCCCGCGCUGGUCAGAAGUACAAGAUCAUCGUCGUGAUUCCUUCUGUUCCCUGCUUCGCUGGAGACCUCCGAGACGAUGAGACUCUUGGAACCCGGGCCAUCAUGGAGUUCCAGUACAACUCCAUCAACCGCGGUGGCAACAGUAUCAUGGAGCUUAUCGCCAAGGAGGGCUUCAACCCCAUGGAGUACAUCCGAUUCUACAACCUGCGCAACUACGACCGUAUCAACAAUGCUGGAGUCAUGGCUGCCGUCGAACAGCAAAGCGGCGUCAACUACGGCAAUGCGCAGAGACAGUAUGAUGUCAACACCGCUGGUCCUGGUGGCUAUGCCCCGGGUAUGUCUGCUCAGGGCGCUCCCGCCCAGGGUGUGACUCGCAGUGCAUUUGACACCGCCGCUCCUUUCCAGCAAUACCAGCAGGCUGCGCACCAGGUGCAAGGUAGCAAGGCCACAGGAUCCGGUCGUUGGGAUAGUGUCAGCUCGUGCUAUAUGCUAAACGGGGAGGAUAUUCGCAACGUGCCGUGGGAUGGCCAUCCUGAUGCUGAAAUUGAUGCGUUCGUGAGCGAGGAACUUUACGUGCACUCCAAGGUGAUGAUUGCCGACGAUCGUAUCGUGAUAUGUGGAUCUGCGAACCUGAAUGACCGCUCGCAGCUGGGUGAUCAUGACUCCGAGAUUGCCGUGAUUAUCGAGGACUUCACCCCGGUGCAGUCCAGCAUGAACGGCAAACCUUGGACCGCCAGCCGCUUCGCUUCUUCUCUUCGUCGAGAACUGUUCCGUAAGCACUUGGGUCUCUUGCCCCCACAAGACUACCAGCGACCAGAAGCAAACUUUGAACCCGUCGGUGUUCCCAACAACUUCGACUUCGAUUGCCCUGAGAGCCGGAUUGUCGCAGACCCUCUUGCAGACACCCUGCAAAGCAUGUGGAACACCCGGGCACGAACGAACACCGAUGUCUUCCGCAAGGUCUUCCACGCAGUGCCCGACGACACUGUGCGCAACUGGGCCACUUACAAGGAAUUCUAUGAGUACUACUUCCGUAAUGCGGACAGAGAAGCCGACGGACAGGGCUAUGUGCGCCCCGCCAGAUUCCAAUGGGGUCAUGUGGUGCGCGAUGAUUUCGCGCCGGGUGCCGAGGGAGUCAAGCAGGUCAAAGAACUGCUCAGCCAGGUCAAGGGCACUUUGGUUGAGAUGCCUCUGAUGUUCCUGAUUGAAGAGGAUGUGGCUAAGGAAGGACUGACUCUGAACGAGGUGACCGAGCCCAUCUACACCUGA